AUGUUAGAUAGGGUGGUUACAAUAAAAGAUGCUGUAAUUACAACAAUAGCACUAACGCGAAAUGACCUUUCGCUACAACAAGAGGACUGGUCUAUUAUAGAGGAAGUUCUACCUCUGCUUCUCCCAUUCUAUGAGGUGACAACAGAAAUUAGUGCAGAGAAAAACGUAACUCUAUCAAAAGUUAUUGUUAUGUGUAAAAUGAUAGAGAGAAUACUUGCAAAAAGUUCUGCAAACCACUCUAAAGUGCAAGCAGUUCUAGAGGUUUUGAAGAAAGAAAUGAAUGCCAGAUUUCAAAAUAUAAACAACAUCUUGUUUGCAGAAUGCACUGUUUUGGAUCCAAGAUUCAAAAAACGUGGUUUCAAAAAUGCAGACUGUUUUGAAAAAGCAGUACAAGGACUGAGGAAUAAAGUUGGUUCUGGUCAAAUACCUCAUACAAACAAAUGA